ACAAAGCUCACAUCUUUCUCCUCUCCUUGCGCGCUCUGAGUCUGAGGUCGCCUCGCCAUGGAUGCCACCGUCGAGCUGUCGUGGGGCGCGCGGUGCGCGGGGCUGGCCUUCUUCGGGUUCUCGCUGUGCGUGGCGGCGCUCGGCGUGGUGCUGCUCCUGGCGCGGCGGUGGCCGUGGUGCAGCUGCCAUGUCUGCCGGGCCUACCUGACGGGGUCGUGGGCGAGGGAGUUCACCAACCUCGGCGACUGGUACGCGCACCUGCUCCGCCUGUCGCCGACCGGCACCGUCCACGUCCACGUCCUCGGCUGCACCGUCACGGCCAACCCGGCCAACGUCGAGUACAUGCUCAAGACCCGCUUCGACAACUUCCCCAAGGGGAAGCCCUUCGCCGCGCUCCUCGGCGACCUCCUCGGCAACGGCAUCUUCAAUGUCGACGGCGGGGCGUGGCGCCACCAGCGGAAGAUGGCCAGCCUCGAGCUCGGCAGCGUCGCCGUGCGCUCCUACGCCUACAAGAUCAUCGCCCAGGAGGUGGACGCCCGCCUCAUGCCGGUGCUCACCGACGCCGCCGACAGGGGCGCCGUGCUCGACCUGCAGGACGUGUUCCGCCGGUUCGCCUUCGACACCAUCUGCAAGAUCUCCUUCGGCCUCGACCCGUGCUGCCUCGACCGGGAAAUGCCCGUGUCGGAGCUCGCCGACGCGUUCGACACCGCGUCGAGGCUCUCCGCCAUGCGUGGCGCCGCGGCGUCGCCGUUGCUGUGGAAGAUGAAGCGGUUUCUUAACAUCGGCUCGGAGAGGGAGCUCAAGAAGGCCAUCAAGAUUGUCGACGAGCUUGCGGCGGCGAUGAUCCGGGAGCGCCAGAAGCUGGGCGUCGGAAGCAGCCACGACCUCCUGUCGCGGUUCAUGGCCUCGACCGGCGUCGACCCCCACGCGGCGGACGACAAGUUCCUCCGCGACAUCGUGGUCAGCUUCCUCCUCGCCGGGCGGGACACGGUGUCCACAGCGCUUACCACGCUCUUCAUGAUCCUGUCCAAGAACCCCGAGGUCGCGGCCGCCAUGCGCGCGGAGGCCGGCGCCGGCGAGAAGGGAGCCACCACCUACGAGCACCUCAAGGGCCUGCACUACACCCACGCCGUGCUGUACGAGAACAUGCGGCUGUUCCCGCCGGUGCAGUUCGACUCCAAGUUCUGCGCCGCCGCCGACGUGCUCCCCGACGGCACCUACGUCGAGGGCGACGCGCGCGUCAUGUACCACCCGUACGCCAUGGGCCGGAUGCCGCACAUCUGGGGCGCCGACCACGGCGCGUUCCGGCCGGAGCGGUGGCUCACCGGCCCCGGCGCGUCGUUCGUCCCGGCGAACCCGUACAAGUUCCCGGUGUUCCAGGCCGGCCAACGCGUGUGCCUCGGCAAGGAGCUCGCCAUCACCGAGAUGAAGGCGGUCAGCGUGGCGGUGGUGAGAGCGUUCGACAUCGAGGUGGUCGGAGAGAAUGGCCGGACAGGCGGCGCCGCCGCCGCGCCACGGUUCGUGCCGGGGCUCACCGCGUCCAUCAGUGGCGGCCUCCAAGUGAGAGUCAAGCGCCUCCACACUUAGACCAGCUAGUACACCUUAGCUUCUACUGCAUCAGCAAAAUUGGAUAAAUUACAGGCUUGUACAUAGAUAAAAAAGAGGAGAAAUUUGUAGGAAAUUUGUUUCAAAUGAGACAAACAUAAACUUCAGAUA